AUGCGCCGCUUCUGCCACGUCCCUCGCGGCCGGCGGCCGGCCGCCGCGCCCCACGACCACCAGCCGCUCCCGCCGCCGGAGUGGAUCGAUCCGUACCCGGACCUCGCGGACCCGAGCCCGUACGCCUCCGCGUCGGCGGCCCCGCCCACGCCGUCGCCGUGGCUGCCCCGCGUGAUCUCCCUCGUCCUCCGCUCCCCGCCGGCCACCCUCGCCGCCGACCUCCGCGCCUUCUGCAGGACCUUCCUCCUCCGCCUCUCCCCGGCCUUCGUCGCCGCCGCGCUCCGCUCCCCGCAGCUCACCCCGCACCCGCUCCCGUCGCUCCACUUCUUCCGCUCCCUGCCCAACGGCGCCGACCUCCUCGCGCACCCACAGCACCUCCUCAGCUGCUACGUCUCCCUCCUCCACUCCUUCGCGCGCUCCAGGGAGACCGCCAGCCCCAACACCGCCGGCCAGGCGCGGCAGCUCGUCGCAGAUCUGCGCGCGCACGGGGACGCUGUCCUGAGGCACCUCGCGCCGGCGUCGUCGGCCUCGUUGAUCCGCAGCCUCGCGGCGUUCGGACUCUCCGAGGAGCUGCUGUGGGCGUGGCAGGCCAUGCGCCUCGCCGGCGUUGAGCCGUCCAGGCUCACCUACAACUGCCUGCUGGACGGCCUUGUCAACGCUGGCCUCCUUGACACUGCCAUCAACGUGUUCGACGCAAUGUCCACGGAAGAUCGAGUGCGUCCCGACGUGGUUUCCUACAACAUUCUCAUCAAGGGGUACUGCCGCGCGGGGAGGACGCAGGAUGCGAUGGCACGGCUUGCGGAUAUGAGGGAACAGGCAGAGCUCGCGCCGGACAAGGUGACAUACCUCACUCUCAUGCAGCGCCAUUACAGCGAGGGCACGUUUCCACAAUGCAUAGCACUGUUCCAAGAGAUGGAAGAGAGGGGAAUGGGGAAGGAGAUACCUCAACAUGCCUAUGUGCUGGUGAUCGGCGCCCUCAGCAAGGACGGGAAACCAUUUGAGGCGCUGGCUGUGUUUGAGAGGAUGUUGAAGCGAGGUUGCCCAGCCAAUGCAGCCAUGUACACCGCGCUCAUUGACUCGAUGGGUAAGUUCGGGAGGGAGAAAGAGGCAAUGGCACUCUUUGAGAGGAUGAAGGCCAGUGGAGUUGAGCUUGACACGGUCACAUACGGUGUGGUUGUUAACUGCUUGUGCAGAUUUGGCAAUAUGGAUGAGGCACUUGCGUGCUUCAGGAGUUGUGUAGAGAAGGGUGUUGCAGUGAAUGCCAUUUUCUAUACAAGCCUAAUUGAUGGCUUUGGAAAAGCUGGGAUGGUUGACCAAGCAAAGGAGCUCUUCGAGGAGAUGAUUGCUAAAGGAUUUGUGCCUGACUCGUAUUGCUACAAUGUUCUGAUCGACGCAUUAGUCAAAGCAGGACGAACAGACGACGCGUGUGCUUUCUACAAGAGAAUGGAAGAUGAUGGCUGUGAUCAAACAGUCUACACAUAUACCAUUCUAAUUGAUGGUUUGUUCAAGGAACACAAGAAUGAGGAGGCACUGAAGUUCUGGGACAGCAUGAUUGAUAAGGGAAUCACCCCAACAGCUGCAGCUUUCAGGGUCCUCGCCAAUGGACUCUGCCUUUCUGGUAAAUUCAGCCGUGCAUGGAGGAUAUUGGAUGAACUGGCUCCAAUGGGUGUGAUUCCUGAGACAGCUCAUGAGGAUAUGAUCAACGUGUUGUGUAAGACUGGCAGAUUCAAGCAGGCCUGCAAAUUGGCAGAUGGCAUUGUGCAGAAGGGCCGUGAGAUACCUGGGAGGGUUCGAACGAUGAUGAUCAACGCGCUUAGGAAAGCAGGAAAUACCGAUCUGGCAUUUAAGCUGGUGCAUAGAGGAAAGCAGGAAAUACCGUUCUGGCAUUUAAACUGGUGCAUAGUGAAUGAAAUGAUAGAGGUUGACGAAGAGGACGAUCAGCAGAGCGAGGAGGAUGAAGGUGAACAGCAAGAGAAACAGAAAAACAAGAAAAGGAAAGCGAUCGCUCCAAGUUCAGAUAUUUGGGAUCAUUUCACUAAGCAUGCCCACAAUUUACUUUACCCUCUAGAAGAACAGCCACUAGAGCUUGUGUCGAAGUGUGAUGUCCAGAAGGAAAAGCUGAAGAAGUUUUUAAAAGAACACUGUGGAAGGGUUAGCCUCGCAACUGACACAUGGACAUCUAAUACCAACCAAAACUACAUGUGUGUGACAGCACAUUUUAUUGACAAUGAUUGGAAGGUCCACAAAAAAAUCAUUGGUUUUUUCUUGGUAGAGAGUCAUAGAGGGGAAGAUAUUGGAAAAUCCCUAGAGAAUUGCUUGGCAGCAUGGGGAAUUGAUAAGGUUUUUACAAUAACAGUGGACGAUGAUAGUGCAAACAACGAUGCAAUAAAGUACAUGCGGAGGGUCUUGAAUGAAUCAAAUGGUAGCAUUGCUAAAGGAGAGUAUCUACACAUGAGAUGUGUUGCACACAUUGUCAACUUAAUAGUUAGUGAAGGCCUAAAGGAAAUUGAUAGGUCAGUGGUUCGUGUUCGUGCUGCUGUUAAGUUUGUCAAGGGUGAAACAUCUAGAUUGGCAAGGUUUAAGAAAUGUGCUGAAUUAGCAAAGGUACAGACCAAAGCCUUUCUGACCGUAGAUGUUUGCACUAGGUGGAACUCUACUUGCCUGAUGCUAAACACUGCACAGCAGUAUGAAAAGGCUUUUGAAAUGUAUAGUGAUGAAGACCCAUACUAUAAACUAGACUUAAAUGACGAGAAAGAUGGUCCAGGAGUUCCUGAAAAAUCAGAUUGGGAUAAUGCUAGGAAGAUGGCUUGGUGUGACAGUGAGGAUAGGUUAUGUAGUGAAAUGGGUAAGAGAAUGCUAGUAAAGUACUACAAGUACUUUGGGGAGAAAUAUGGAGAGAGGCUGGGAGACGGAGAGAAGCGAGGAGAGAAAGAUAAGGGGGAUCAAUUGCUGAACCUGAACUUCGUUGUUUAUUUCUGUGUUGCAAUUGAUCCAAGGUACAAGCUUUCAACUUACAUAAAGAUGGCUAUGAUGAUCUUGUUUGGUGAUGAGAUAGGAGAGAAAUUGUGGGAAACAGUGAACACUUCUUUCCAUGCUUUGUUUGAAGAGUAUAGAAAUAUGUAUGCUCCAAGUGAUAAUGCACCACAACAGCCCACUGAGACUCAAGAACCACCUCCAGAGAGCAGAAGGUCGUUCAAGUCUAUAAUUGCUGAGAAAUUGAGGAAACGUGGGGGUGCAAAUGCCACUACCAAAUCUGAACUUGACAAGUACUUUUCAGAAGACAAUGAAGAGGAUAAUGAAGGGUUUGACAUUCUUAAGUAUUGGAAGGGCAAUGCUAAAAGGUUUCCAAUACUGUCUCGCAUGGCCUGUGAUCUCUUAGCAAUUCCUAUCUCAACUGUCGCUUCUGAAUCAGCCUUCAGUACAGGUGGACGUGUUCUUGAUGAUUUCAGGAGCUCACUCACACCACCAAUGGUUGAGCGUCUGAUUUGUGCAAGUGAUUGGAUUCGUGGAUCCAAUAUUGUUAGUGUUGAAGAGAAUGAAGAAGAAUUGUACAAGCUUGAGGAAGAACUGGGUGCCCUCACUAUUCCUAAGGAGACAACAGAGUCUUGA